AUGACGGCGACGACGCAUCAUACGACGACCAAAUCUCGCAAGCCGGGCACAAAAGGCGAAGGGUCGUCCCCCCGCGCCGCGCAAGCGCCGCCGCAGGGCCGUCGGGAGCGGUGCGGCGGACGACUGCUUCACCUGUGCGAACAGACAGGUUCGAUGCGACAGGCGGCGGCCGUACUGCACGCCAUGUCUGGAUACGGGGAGGCAGUGUGCCGGAUACAAGACGACGUUGACCUGGGGCAUCGGAGUGGCCAGCCGGGGCAAGCUACGGGGCCUCUCUCUGCCCAUAUCCGGUGCGAAGAAGCGCCAGCGAGCAAGGGCGGCAAGCAGCCGCAGAACCUGAAACAAGAAGGUUCAGGAACGCACGAGUUUAUACAGACGCCAACGUCACCGUGGUCGGCGAUAAACGUGACGCCUCCACACAGCACCGGCAGGACGAACGAGCCUGCAUAUUCCCUGCCGCCGUACUCGUCCUAUAGCCCCCUGGAUGCGUGCUGCUACCGGGCCGUACCAGCACCGCCCAAGGUCGAGCCCGCCAACUUUGGCUACUCGGGGCUGGCAUCCCCCUAUGGUUCUCCUCCCUACGGCAGCCCGUUGGAGCCUUACUCUACCGCGCCCCUGCUGGGCCGGAAACGGUCUCCGGACGAGGAAGCCGACGACCCGGAGCAGCCACGGGCGGUCUCGUCCGAUGUGACGAGAUAUCAUGAUGAUAACAGCCACCACCAGCGAUACUACUCGACGCCCGCCUUUUCGCUGAACCAGCCGUUCUCGACGACGUGGAUAGGGCGAAACCCACGGAUGCGGUACCUGAUCGGGUACUAUACGGAGGUAAUAGCCCCAGUCAUCGUGACGUUCGACAGCCCGACGAACCCGUUCCGGCUGUACCUGCUGGAGCUGAACAAGGACAACGAGGCACUGCAGCCCGCGAUCGCGGCGCUGUCGCUGAGCAACAUGCGUCAACGGCGGCGGAACUGGGGCCUGUCGACGGGCAAGACGGUGCCCUCUCGACGGUCUCUGCAGGCGCACUGCCGUAUGACGGACCGGGCGUUCGAGGAGGCGUUCGGGGUGACGACGCCGGAGGAGCAGCUGCGCGAGGAGUCGUACCACAAGGGGAUGGCGAUACGGUCGAUCAACGCGCAGCUGGCGGACCCGGUCCAGCGGCGGACGGACGCGGUCUUUGCGACGCUGCUGAUGCUCUGCCUCUUCCACAUCGCGGGCCGGACCAAGGGCAGCCACGACUCCGAGGUGAUGAAGUGGUUCAUGCGCAUGUUCACCUGGUUCGACACGAUGACGGCGACCAUCAACGACCGGGACAGCCAGAUGAACGGCUGCCUGCUGGAGGUGACGACCUCCGGCCAGGACGAGUGGGCGCUGGAGAACCUGGCCGGCUGCGACCCGCGCCUCUUCCGCGCCGUCGCCCAGCUCGGGCGCCUCAACCAGCUCAGCCAGGCCCGGCCGGUCGACAACUCGACCCUUCGCAUGGAGCCGCCCGUCCCUACCGCCUCCCCGCCGCAGUCUCUGGUCCACUACUCUUCUCCCGCCGUCCCCGUCCCCGCCGUCCCCGCUCCCCUGCCCGGCAUCAACGACCCGCGCGCCGAGUUCUGGCGCGAGUGGCACGUCGUCCGCCAGAAACUCGAGAGCUGGCGUCUCCCCGACCUCCCCGCCACCCACAGCCCCGUCCCCUCCCUCUCCUCCACCACUUCCACCACUUCCACCACUUCCUCUUCUACCGCCCUCUUCUCGGCGCCACUGCCGGCGUCACCGCUCUCGCACGUCAACCCCGCCAACCUGCCGGAGAUCUCGAACAUCUCCGAGUCGUUCCGCUACUCUGCGCUGCUGUACCUCGAGCGGCUGGCCCACCCGACCACGCCGUCGGCCCACCCGCGCAUCCAGACGCUGGUGACGGCGGCGCUGCACUACAUCCGGGCCGUGCAGUCGGACGUCUUCCUGCUGUGGCCGCUCUUCGUCGUGGGCAGCGAGUGCACCGAGGAGGGCGACCGCGCCGUCAUCCGCGAGCGCUGCUGCGACAUCCAGCGCGACUCGGGCUUCGUCAACAACCUCUCCUGCCUGCAGCUGCUCGAGCGCAUCUGGCAGGAGGAAGACCCCAACGGCGGCCACGCCACCCAGGGGGGGCUGCUGGGGGGGCAAGCCUUUCGGUGGCGCCGCAUCAUCGACUCCCAGCGCCUCACCGACGAGUACAUUGUCGUGUAG